AAAACGUGCUUCCUUGGUGACACACACACACACACACACACAGACCGCACUCUCUCAUUACAAUGCAUCCAGCUCGAGCAGCAGCAGCAGCAGCAGAUAUGUAAAGCUGGAUCAGAAAACAAUGUACUUCUGCUGCUGUCAUCACCAUCAUCACCGCCAUCAUCAUGUUCCCGGGAGUUUUCUAUGCACUGCUGGCGGGUUUCCUCGGGGCUGUGGCGUCGUCGUCGGCCAAGCUCUCCCUCGGAGCAGACUACCUGAAGGGAGUGUGUGAAACCGGACUCCGGACGUGGGGAGAGCAGCGGAAAUUCAGACAAGCGGACGAGACUACCACCUGUGACCGGCUCCACAUCCCUCUGAGGCUGCUGUGUGGUGGACUCCUUUUCACCUGCAACGCUGUGAUGUGGACCUUCCUCGCCAAAGCACUCAGGUAUUCUUCUUCCUCCACCAGAACCACUGUGACCACCACCGCCUCCAACUUCAUAUCCUCCGCUUUUCUGGGCCAGUUAAUCUUUGGUGAAGCCCAGAUAACGCUGUGGUGGGUCGGGAUCUCUCUGACCUUCUCCGGUCUGUUGGUCCUGCAGAGAGUCGCGCCGCAGGACGGACACCAGAGUGAAGUCAACACAAAGGACGAAUAAUAUGUCUUGUCUCCACUAGUGCAGUUCAUUGUGUCUCCUCCUGGUUGUUUUUUUGUUAAGCUCUGAAUUGAAGAGAAACCUUAACAAUAGCAGUUAAGUGCAUUUAGGUCUUAAGUAAAAACUGUUGAACAGGAUCAAUUUGUUGACUUCUGAUAGGCUUUUUUCAAUUUCUUUUUUAAUUUAUUGAACUAAAUGCCAAUCAAACUGUGUCCUUAUUUUGAGUUAGUGACCAUUUAUGCUUCAGUUUUUAACCACAUAGGCUGUGAAGUGACGCUGGCUGCUGUGAUAAAAUCAGAGGAGACGCUGCUCUGGCUGGUGGAGACACGAUGAAGGAUUCCUGUGUCCACUGUCUUUGUCUGUCCACAGGCUUAUUACUGACUUUACAAUUCACUCAACAACAGCACAACAACUCAUGGGCUAACACAGUGGAGGAGGACGACGCUCGGGAGGAAACUGAAAGGUCAAUUCAACACUUUGGGAAAUAUGCUCUUUAGCUUCCUCACUGAGUUACAUGAUGAGAUUAAUGACAUUUCCGUGUUUGUGUGGCAAAUAUGAAACUAGUUAUUAAUACGCAGGAAACCCGAGAAAAGGUUGAAUUACGUAGUACGUACUUAAACGCUACGUCCAACAAUCAUCUGACAUUUAGUUUCUUUAUAAAUCAACUGUGUAUAAAACGAGAUAAAACUGUGAAAUAUCCCAUAUGUGUGAUUGUUACAAUGAAAAAGAAUAAAAUCUAUAAUGUACCAUAGGAAAGUAAUUAAAAAGAAAUCGUGAAUCCAUCUUUUUCCCCUUUAAUUUGGAUGCAAAGUCAAAUUCAUACAUUUUUAGUAAGUAAAACUUAACUUGUUGGUAAAUAGAAAUAGAAAGUAGUACAAUCAGACAAAAAUCGAAUCUUUUUCCCCCUGUAAUCAUCUCUCAUCUACAAUAUUAUACUGUAUUGUAUGUAGCGUAUAGUGACUGGCACUGAUCUUGUCAUCUAACUCUCAUAUUUCAAGUUUCAACCUCUUCUUGUAAAAGUGGAGAACUAUAAUCGAAGGACCUGCGUGUGUUGACGAGACUGAUUUGACUCGUUUCAUGACUUAUGGACAAAAAGCGUUAUUUACUCUGUGCAUGAUGUUGCCGUCCAUCAGCCUGUGCGUUGUGUACGCACAGUUAUAGCAGCUGUCGGAUCACCAAAGCUUUCCUAACUCACAUAUCCUACGAGACUCACUGUAAACACCCUACACUUACAUUCCAUUAAUAAUCCCACUGAUGUAGCAGUGAAAGGCUCACCCCCGGCAUGGUUUUUUUUUUGCCCACUUUCUCUUUGCCUUUCUGAAAAGCUUGAACUUUAACCCUCCAGAAACGAGCAUGUGUUUUGAUUCAGAGGCAGCUGGUCUUCCAUUUCAUGACAGACGUGUGCAUGUCCCUGGACGCCGGCAAAAUCACACCAAAGCACCAUUUCACACCACAGUGACGUGAGAAACUGUCUCUCUGGUGUGUGAGACAUUACCUUUUUUUUUUUUUAGCUUUAUGUGCCCUGCAUUUACGAUCUCAUUGAUCGUGAAAUCACAAUCAUAAAUACCAAUCCAUCGCUCAUCAUCUCUGGGGCUUUAAUACACCUCAAGCUUUAUUAAAAAGCUUCCCUCCAUAUCUCUGGAGUUGUCGGCAUGAAUGCAAUAACAUACUUCCUUCAAAUCAUGAACACUGUGAUAUGUGAAACAGCAAGGAAGCUUUGAGCGUUAAUAAUUGAACGUAGUAAAUGGCAAUAUGCUUCUAGCGUUUUGUUUCUGUUUGCAUAAAUCAGCUAAGUAAGUAAGUAUAAUGUAGUAGUGUGCAGGGAUUUACCUGAAUGUGGCAUCGGAGUGCUGCAAAAUGUGUUUUUAAAGUCACACUUUGCUGUUGUUUGGAUACAUAUCACAAUAUAUAAUCAAUGCAUUAUGGUAGCUAUAAUACCCGUGUGUCAUAUCCCACAGCAGCAGUGCACACAUAUAUCCAUAAUAUGUCCUUUCUUACACUGUUGUAUUUGGUGGCAUUUACAUGCAUCCCUGUUAAUGUGACUGCAGAGACGAGUGAUGUUUCAUGGCAGGGCUGCACUCGCUGUGCAUGGGUUUUCUGCACGUGCAGCGACAUUGGAAGUGGAUUCAGUCGUUUGUGCCUCCAUGUUUUGAGAGCCUGGUUAUGUUAGUUACUUAAAGGAGUAGUUAGACAGCUGGGGAAAUUGUGCUUAUUCGUUUUACUUGCCAAGAAUGACCUGGUGUGCAUUAAACUGUAUCACAACAUUUAACCAAACCUUAAAAAACACAGUAAAUUAAACGGUUUAAAAUGAAUAUUGUGAGUUAGUUCACUGAGCUGAACAGUAACAGCAUGAUGGAAGUCCACCAUGAUACCGUCCUUGUGUCUGUGUGAGGGAUUAAGUUAGCUUAGCGCAAAGCUUAGACACAGAGGCAAAAACAGCUCCUUAAAGCAAAUAAAGGUCAAUAAUAAUGUUAUGUUUGUGUUCAAUAAGUUCAACACAAAACAUUAGCUUAGCAACAUGUACACUCCCCUUUGUGUACAAUUAGUAAUAUCAAAAUAAUGCUAACAACCUAGCAUAGUUUAGCAUGAAAAGUUGAACAGGAAAGUAGCUAGCAAAAAGGGCUAAAUGUAUUUAUACAUAUCUGUAAGUUCAUUAAUUACAUUGCUUUGGUUGAAUCUGUGGAAAAGCUGAAGCUAACAAGAUUAUUUCUGGUUUCACACUGGAUUGUUUUGUUUCUUUUUUCGUUUUAGUCAUUAUGCUAAGCUAAGCAAAACAACUGAAACUACAUACAGACAAAGUGAAACAGCACAUUUCCCCCAAACGUCAAAUGACUCCUUUAACAUACUGUAACAUUAAUAUCUGUGACCAAUAUUUUGUUGCCUGGCUAAAUUUCUAGGUAAUGGCAUGACGAGGUUUAAACCAGAGGUCUCAAACUCGCGGGCCGUGGGCCACAUGCUCGCCACUUACUGUCAAGUUAUUUAUGUAUGUUUUUUUUCUAUUAAUCCAUUCAUUCUUGCAUCAUUAAUAUGUUUUCAUUGUUUAACAUUAUUGUUUUGAUGUCUUCUUCUCCAAACGUUUGACUUUUUUUUUCACUUGACGCCAACUGACCAAACGAGACACUCAGUGGCCCCCAGGUCAUUUGAGUUUGAGACCCCUGUGUUUAAUCAUCUACCUAUGAACACAUUCUCAGUUAAAUAUAAGCAGUCACCACAUUUAUAGCUCAGUUACAGCGGCAUGGCCCUGAGUGUAAUGUCUUUACAGUAUAUCCAUGUGCACAUAAACUGUAGAUGAGGUUGAACUACUGUGUGAUGAGUUAAUAUGCUGCACUGCAAGACAAAAAAAAACAACAACCCAGAAACCCUUGACUCAAUAAAGAUUAAAUUGACUAGAA